CAAGCGCAAGGUCUUAAGGCAAAAUCAAGUUUACAAUGCAUAUUAUUAACAUUCAGUAGAUAUUUGCGGUUUUUCGAUGGAUCAACAACAAAUUUGUUUGGCAUUUAUAAUAUUUAUCGGUGUUGCAUUUUGCUAUGAACCAUUCAAAAUUCCGGAGUUAGAUAUUGAAGCUUUUGAACCACGAGGAUUGCGAAUUUCUAUACCGGCCAAAGAAGGUAUCGAGGUGUUUGCCUUUCAUGGCAAAAUUAAUGAAGAAAUAACACAAAUUGAACAAGGAGACUUAGAGCAGUAUGUUAACAAACCCUCUAGCAACAGAUUCGUUUAUAUUGAUCCCGACAUUAGGCUAAAGAAAGGCGAUACAAUUUAUUAUUGGAUUUAUGUGCAACACAACCAAUUAGGUUUUCGGGAGUAUGAUCAAAAAUACACUAUACAGAAAUUGUCACCAAUUCAAGAUUUGCAAAAGGGUGCUAGCGGAGCCAAGUGUGAUACUAUCAGUGUUACGAAAUCAGAUAGCAGUGAAAAAUUCUGUCCUGGUGAUAUAAUUAUUGACUACAGAUUUUCGGCUGAGCCAAUAGAUCCCAAGAUUUGGUCAACUGAGCACUAUAUAUCUUUGGACCCGGAUUGGGCUUUUCACGUGUAUAAAAAGGACAUGGUGAAAAUAACAAAUUCCGUAUUAAACAUCCAACCAAAAAUAGUGAUAGAAAACGCUCAGAAAAAAAUAGACCUAAGAACAGAAUGUACUCAAAAAGGUUUUUGUUUGAGGGAUCCUAUAGCAACUUGGAAUCCGCCUGCCGUUUCAGGGAGAAUACAUUCGGUAACAAAAUAUGCUUUUAUUAACGUUACAGUUAGAGCAAAAUUACCAGUAGGGGACUACAUAUAUCCAGAGAUAUAUUUAGAAGACCCCGAUGAGCAUAAAAGACGUAUAUUGGUUGCUUACGCUAGAGGGAACAAAAAUUACGUUCAGAAAACUACUAAGAAAGAUGAGGGUGGCUCAUUGCUUUAUGGUGGUCCCUAUAAGAAUGUUGUUGAACCUGCCAGAACAAAGAAUUUAGCUACAUAUCGUUACAAUGAACAUAUUGGAAAUCAAUGGCAUACCUUUAAUAUGAUUUGGAAGCAAAAUGCUAUUGAUUUAUUUAUCGAUGGCGAAAAGUAUGGUCAAAUUAAAGAACAGGCUCUCAAGGAGACCGGAUUCAACGAAGGAAAAUUGGUUCGGAUGGUUUUUGGCGUAGGAGUUGGAGGUCCUUAUGAAUUUCCAGAUGGGUAUACUUCAUCCGGAAAGCCAAAACCAUUUGGGUCGACAGAGCGAGAUGCUGUCAAGAAUUUUGUAAAUAAUAUAGAUGAAGUCGUCAAGACAUGGUCUGACGAUAAAAGCAAAUUGGAAGUAGAAUAUGUUACUAUUACGGCAAUUUAGGAGAAUUAUUGUAAUUUUUUUAAAUAUUAAGUGUGUUGUGAUAAAAAAUGGGUCUGAGUCUUUUAAUAUACUUACCUACCUAUUGAAA